GGGGGGUUGGGUUAAAAGUUGGCUGAGUUGUUUGAAGUAAACUUUCAGGAAGUUGCAGCGCUGGGGCUGCAAGCUGUGACUAUGGUCAGCCCAGUCAGACCUGGAGAAAUCAUUCAUCUGAAUGUGGGAGGAAAGAGGUUCAGUUCCUCUCGACAAACCCUCACAUGGAUCCCAGACUCUUUCUUCUCAAGCCUCCUGAGCGGACGGAUCUGCAGUAUGAGGGAUGAAACUGGAGCUAUUUUUAUUGAUCGUGAUCCAACUAUGUUUGGUACAGUACUGAAUUUUCUUCGUACCAGAGAGCUGGAUGCCAGAGAUAUCAAUAUUGGAUUGCUUCGUCAUGAGGCUGAAUUCUAUGGAAUUUCACCACUAGUUCGUCGCCUAGAAUUGUGUGCAGAUUUGGAGCGCUCUUCCUGUGGAAGUGUCCUAUUUCAUGGAUAUCUCCCACCUCCAGUGAUCCCAGCCAUGAGGCGGAACCGGCACAGCCUGGCCAGCCCGCAGAUAGUGGGCCCUCGGCUUGAAGGCACUGACCGAGUACCUGUGCGGAGGAGCAACACCAUGCCACCCAAUCUGGGCAAUGCUGGCAUUGUAGGGAAAUUCCUGGAGCAGCGAGGAAGUGGGUCACUGUCUCAUCCUGGCAUGGUGCGGGUAGUGCGAGGGCAUCACAACUGGAUCGCGGUGGCUUAUGCACAGUUUGUGGUGUGUUACAGAUUGAAGGAAUCGUCAGGCUGGCAGCAGGUUUUCUCCAGCCCACGUUUGGACUGGGUCAUCGAGCACGUGGCUCUCAAUGCCAAGGUGAUGGGCGGAUCCCUCGGCGAUAAUGACAAAAUGGUGGCCGUGGCCUCCUGCAAUGAGAUUAUCCUGUGGGCCAUCCAGGAGGGCGGCAGUGGCAGUGAGAUUGGAACCUUUGCACUGGGACCACCUCUUGAAGGGUUAUUCUUUGUGGGGAAUCAGCUAAUUGCAACAAGUCACACAGGGCGGGUUGGAGUGUGGAAUGCAGUUACCAAACACUGGCAGAUUCAGGAUGUGGUGCCAAUAAACAGUUAUGAUACUGCUGGCUCCCUGCUAAUCCUUGGCUGUAAUAACGGAUCGAUAUACUAUAUUGAUGUCCAGAAGUUUCCCCUGCGGAUUAAAGACAACGAUUUGCUUGUUACAGAACUUUACUGUGAUCCAUCUGAAGAUGCCAUUACUGCACUAAGCGUCUAUCUCACCCCAAAGACCAGUGACAGUGGGAACUGGAUUGAGAUUGCAUACGGGACCAGCUCUGGAAUGGUGCGAGUGAUUGUUCAGCACCCCGAGACAGUGGGAUCGGGUCCUCAGCUCUUCCAGACGUUCACUGUCCACCGAAGCCCCAUCACCAAGAUCCGACUGUCUGAACGUAAUCUCAUUUCUGUGUGUGCUGAUAACAAUCAUGUCCGAACGUGGACUGUGACCAGGUUCCGGGGAAUGAUCUCCACUCAGCCAGGAUCUACUCCACUUGCUUCCUUCAAAAUACUCUCCCUGGAAGACUUGGAUGGACAUGGAGGAUGCUCGGCGGGACUGGAUAUUGGCCCUUUUGGAGACCGGGAUGAGGAGCAGGUUUUUGUUCAGAAGGUUGUCCCAGACACCAAUCAGCUCUUCGUGCGUUUGUCCUCAACUGGCAGGAGGGUCUGUGAGAUCCGUUCAGUGGAUGGAGUUGGCAUCACAGCUUUCACGGUCCAUGAGUGUGAGGGUUCGAGCCGCAUCAGUUCACGGGCCAGACGAUACCUGUUCACAGGGCACUCCAAUGGCAGCAUUCAGAUGUGGGACCUCACAACUGCAGUAGAGGCUGUCGGCAAAGCAGCAAGUGCAGAGUUGGGGGGCCCCACACAACAGGAGCUCCUGGAGCAACUUGAGCAGUGUGACUUGACGCUGACCCGAACUCCUGAUGUCAGCCCUGCGCAGUCGGUCACCCAACCCUCCACCCUCCACCUGUCAUCAUCCAGCCAAUUUCUGACGUCCGAUGGGUUCCGGGAGAGGCUGCUGCGGAGUGGGACGGGAGGACCGCGGGUGGAUAGUCCCAGCCUGACCAGACAGCGCGAAGGAUCUCCCAGUUUGACUAGUCUGCAGUCGUCCAUUGCUAGUCGAACAUCACUGGAGAAAAGUGACCUCGUUAGCUCAGCAAAUGCUCAACUACUGAAACCUGUUGGUGAAGGGAGGUUACGGCAUUUUCAGCCCCAGGCAGAGAAUCUGAGCACGUCUGAGGGGGAGAGCAAGCUGGGGCAGAGAGGAAGCUUUGUGGAGCGGUGCCAGGAGCUGGCACGUUCCAACGAAUUUAGUGCUGUGGAUCUGCGCCGGCUCAGUUGUGAGUCAGACAGAAGAACUUCAGUGGUAAAUAAAACCCCGUCUGAAUCCAGUUCAAUACCGGGAUCAAGACCCAUACAAGCCAGUCCCACCGGACAGGAAGCCCAGUCAGUAGCAAAUCCCCUCAGCACACCUGCCGAAUUACCAGCUGCCUCGAGACCCAGAAUGAAUGAGACUUCGUUCUAACGCCAACUGCCUUGCAGCAUUUCCUGUGAAUGCAGACCGCCAGACUUUUACAGCUGGGAGUUCCAGGGAAGGGUGUGGAAAGAUUUUUGGGUUGGGUGAUUUGAAGCAGGUACUGACCCCUGACCUUUGGAUGAGUUGUCACUGAUCUCCAAGUGUUUCUCUUUCAAAUUAGAGAUGAAAUGAGCUACAGGUCCAUAGAAAAUUCCAGUUGAACUGGCCCCCCCACAUCAGGGAGCUGCAGAUCCACAGGAAAUAACCACUGAACUGGCUCCCACAUCAGGGAGCUGCAUGCCUAUAGGAAAUUCUGGUUGAUUUCACUCCCAUGUCAGGGAACUGCAGGUACAUAGAAAAUACCAGUUUAACGCGUCCUCACAUCAGGGAUGUGUGGGUCUGGGGUAGUCCAGCUGAACUGGCCCCCACAUCGGGGAUCUGAGGAUCUGUGGAAAACUCCAGCUGGUUCUGGACCUACUUGCAGUGACUUUGUGAGAGUUUGUGUUGCUGGUAAUUUAUAUGGCUAAGAACUCCAUCCGCUUUUGUUUAAAGUUACAUGAAUCCUGGUCCAGAGUGCAACAUUAGUUGUUUAAUUUCUGUGUUACAAGUUCUGGAGAAAACUCCACCUGCUUUUAAUGUUACAUUAAGUUUACAUGUUGGUUCCUCAAAGAUUUAAAGAUAAGGAUCGAGGUCCAGAGUCAAAGGUGCAACCCAUGCACUGCUUCAUUUCUGUGAUGCAUUUUCUAGUGCUGAUGUCCUUUCAUUUCCUUGUUCUGUUACAAAUGUUGAUGCACAUCUGAUAAUGACGAUUUCUAUCUAUUACAUUGGUUCACGUUUUAUCUUGCAAACUUCAAAUGUAUAUGUACUGUCCCUCUCCUCCUCUCUUGUGUAAAGUCCCAUGGACUUGGCUUGUUAGUAUUGAAUCAUGAAAUAUGUAAGCAUAUGUCAUGAAAUUUGUUGUCUUUGCGGCAGCAGUACAAUGCAAUACAUCAUGAUAGAAACUGUGAAUUGUGAGCAGGGUAUGUCCUGGGUGAUGGGGGUCCUUGAUGGAUGCUGACUUUUUGAGGCAUCGCUCCUUGAAGAUGUCCUGGAUGCUACGGAAGCUAGUGCCCAUGAUGCCCAUGUUUACAGCUCUCUGUAGCUUCUUUUGAUCUUGUGCAGUGCCCCCCCCCCCACCACGUCCAUAAAAGACUGUGAUGUAGCCAGUUUGAAUGCUCUGGACGGUACAUCUCUAGAAAUUUGUGAGUGUAUAUGGUGUCAUACCAAAUCUGCUAAAACUCCUCAUGAAAUAAAGCUGUGCCUUCUUUGUA